AUGGACAACUCAGAUCCCGAAGCUAAAUUGAAUGAGCGACCUGAGACCAAUGAGGUAUCCAUAGAUGAAGCCAAGAAGAAUGGAGUCAACGGUGGUCCGGUAACACACGAGUACUUAGACUAUGAACCAUCAGGCUGGUUGGAGACGACCCUGCUGAGGGUGGGGAGCUCCACAGAUGACUUCAUCAAGCAGAACCGAUCUGUUAUGAAGACAGUCACAUUGUUUUCAUUAAAUGGACUAGUCCUGGGAUUCUUCUUCGGAUCUCUUUAUCAUUAUUUAAAUAAUGCCAGAGAGCCUCUGGAGCUCUGUCAUGGCUUCGGCAGUCUCAUAGCAUUCCUGGGCAUCAUAUACUUCUUUAUCAUAUAUUUCCUGGUGGUGAAGAGGUUGAUAGGAGCCUGGUUCGAGAGGACUGUGUGGAGCAGGGUCGACAAGAUCUUUAGUAAACUUUGGACUAUGAUAUGGUUCCGCUGGUGUCUUGUAUUAGCUGUGUUGGCCGCAAUAGCUGUUUACUUGUUUGUUGACACCCGGGAUGAUCCAAGCAGACUCAUCUCACUUAUAGGACUAUUUAUAAUACUAUUGUUAGGUUUCGUGUUCUCUGCCCACCCCGGUCGUAUAAACUGGCGCACUGUGUCUACUGGUCUGCUGAUCCAGUUCAUCUUUGGGGUACUCUUCAUCAGGUGGACUCCUGGAAGAUUGGCGCUGCAAUGUUUCUCUGAUAAGGUGGCGACGUUCCUGUCUUAUGGUGUUGAGGGCGCUGCCUUCGCUUUUGGAGACCUACUAGUCAGGACUGAAGGAGUUUUCGCGUUCAGUACGUUACCAGUAAUCUUCUUCUUCAGUAUGUUGGUGGAGAUCUUAUUCUUCUGGGGCGCCCUCCAGUGGUUUGUGUUGAAACUAGGCCAGGUGUUACGGGCGGCCACGGGCACCACUGUCUGCGAGAGUGUUAUAGCUGUGGGAAACGUGUUCUUGGGGAUGACUGAAUCGAUACUGCUAAUCAAACCCUAUCUAGCACUGCAAACCCCGUCUGAACUACACGUCGUGAUGGCAUCAGGAUUCGCGACAGUGUCAGGAACAAUCCUGGCGUCCUACAUCGGUUUCGGAGCAGAACCAGCUCACCUGGUGACCGCCAGCGUGAUGUCAGCGCCGGCAGCAGUGUGCUACGCCAAGCUGUUACUGCCGGAGACCAAGCGGUCUUUGACUACCGUUGAUAACAUACAACCAGUUGAAUGUCAAGACAAGUCAGUCCUUUCAGCGGCCACAAGAGGCGCUACCAACGGUAUAGCGCUGGUCCUCAAUAUUAUAGCCAAUAUCAUAGCGUUUGUGGCUUUUGUGGCGUUCGUCAACGGCGUCAUCGGCUAUUGUGCAAAUUUAGUAGGAUACGAAGACAAAAACCUGGAAUGGAUUUUCGGAAAAAUAUUCAUACCUCUUGCAUGGGUUAUGGGAGUACCAUGGGAGGAGUGUGAGCUGGUUGGUUCCCUGAUCGGCCUGAAGACGGUGGUCAACGAGUUCGUGGCCUAUCAGAGAAUGGGAGAGAUGAAGAGAGACGGACUACUGUCUCCGCGAGCGGAGUUGAUUGCAACUUACUCCCUCUGUGGUUUCACCAACCCUGGGUCAGCUGGUAUCAUGAUAGGUGCCAUCGCUGCCAUGGCGCCUGGACAAAGAGAAGUGCUUUCUAGUGUGGCUGUGAGAGCAUUCUUCGCGGGAUGCGGCAUCUGUUUCAUGACAGCGUGCAUAGCAGGUUUGCUGAUGCCUGAAGGCGCCUUUAUUUAA